AUGGCAGAAGAAGAUCGCAUGGAUAUAGAUGCAGAUUCUGAAUCGAUUGCAGAGGUGUCAAAAACAAACAAACCAAAGUUCGAAGUAAAGAAAUGGACAGCAGUUGCCUUUUGGUCAUGGGAUAUACAGAUUGAAAAUUGUGCUAUUUGCAGGAAUCAUUUGAUGGAGCCAUGUAUUGAAUGUCAACCUAAUUCAUUGGCAAAUGGUGGAGAAGAGUGUAUUGCUGCUUGGGGAAUGUGUAACCAUGCUUUCCAUUUACAUUGUAUAAAAAGAUGGCUAAAAACUAGAAAUGCAUGCCCGUUAGAUAAUACCGAGUGGGUAUAUCAAAAAUUUGGCAAAUAG